UCCCCAUAUUAGCCAACAAACUCACCAAAGAAACAAAACAAAAUCACUUUAGAAUCCCCCCAAAAAAAACCGAAAACACAAUCUCUCUCUCUCUCUCUCACUUCUACAAUGAGUGAUCCGAACCGUGUACCCGAAUCCACAACCCGACCCGUCGGAGGCACGGAGUACAGCUGGUGCAGAGCCAUCGCCGGCGGCACAGGCAUCGCCGUCAUAGCUCUCUUACUCUCCCGAACCCCAAAGCUCGAGAAUCUCCAAAACACCCUCGACAAACUCCAGAUUCACCAUCCCACCCUCCGCUCCACCUUCCGCUUCGACGCGUCCACCAGCUCCUUCUCCCUCGCAACCCCCGCCUCCUCCCGCGUCGUAAUCCACCCCUUCGAUUCAUCAUCAACGGCUCAGAUCAUCCGAGACAGCGACGAUCCCUGCGCCGAACCGCACAGGAUCAUUCUAGAGCACGAGCUGAACAAGAACGCGUGGAUCGAUCCGCACCGUUGGAGUAACGGCGAGUGCGGCGUCUUCUUCGUCAGCCUCUACGAUCUGCGCGGCGGCGGCGAGGAGAGAGUGCUGACGUUUCGGCUGAACACCGGGGCGUGCGAUCGGACUUCGGCGGUUACGCUUCUGAGGGAGUUUAUGAGAGAGACGACGGUUGCUGAUGGAUGCUGCGACGGACACGUGGCGAAGGAGGCGGGGUUAGGUAAGGCGAUAGAGGAUAUGAUUCCGAGUGGGAAAGGGGAUAAACCGUUUUGGGCGCGUGGGAUCGACGUGCUGGGUUACUCGCUGAAUGCGUUCCGGUUCUCGAAUUUGAGUUUCGUGGACGCUGAGGAACCGAACCGGAGAUCUCAGGUGGUAAGGAUGAAACUGGAAAGAGAUCAGACUCUUAAACUUGUGGCUGGAUGCAAGGCAAGAGGGAUCAAGCUAUGGGCGGCAAUAGCAGCAGCGGGGAUGAUCUCUGCGUAUACUUCUAAGAACUUACCGCAGUACCAAGGAGAGAAAUACGCAGUGGUGACUCUCUCGGACUGUCGUUCCAUUCUUGAGCCUCCUCUUACUCCCAAUGACUUUGGUUUCUACCACUCGGGGAUCCUUCACACACACGACAUAACAGGAGAGGAAAAGCUCUGGGACUUGGCUAAGAGAUGCUACGACUCCUUCACAUCCGCAAAGAACUCCAACAAGCAUUUCACGGACAUGUCAGACCUCAAUUUCCUAAUGUGCAAGGCCAUAGAGAACCCUACCCUCACGCCUUCGUCCUCUCUAAGAACCGCUCUCAUCUCCAUAUUCGAAGAUCCAGUGACAGACGAGUAUCCAGAACAGGCGUUGGCUUCGGCCGGGGUAAAGGAUUACAUAGGCUGCGCGUCUAUCCACGGGGUUGGACCGUCGAUUGCGGUUUUCGACUCGCUUAGAGAUGGAAAACUAGACUGUUCGUUUGUGUAUCCUUCACCGGUGCAUUCCAGAGAGCAGAUGGAUGGGCUAAUUGAACAUAUGAAAGCUAUUCUUUUGGAAGGAUCUGUUUCUUCCUUUUGAUUUGUUCUAAAACUCUCUGUUAGGUCACGUCCAAAGACAGAGAUGGUUUCUCUAAUAAAAAAAAUAUUGUGCCGAUUGUUCCAUUUUCUUUGAUGUGAAACGACCCUCAAAUUUACCCA